AUGGAAAAGUUGCGCACUGCAAUGGAUUUUUGUAUCCGCCACCAGAAGAUUCUGGGUUACAGCAUGGUGUCCCUGCUGACAGCUGCUAGCGAGUAUAUCUUCUCCUCCGUGGUCUUCAAGUGUCCUUGCAAUUCCUGGAACACCGUGUAUGGCUGUGUCUUCCUCAUAGCGCCAGCCUUCGUCCUCUUCCUGCUCGGCUACAUGAUAAAUGCCAGGGUCUGGCUUUUCGUGACGGGCAGAUGCUCUCCAGAGAACCAGUGCGGCUGUGACUCGUGUAGAAACUUUCUCAAGGUGCUGGUGCCAGUUACAGCCAGCACCUUGGUGGCCCCCUUCACCUGGAUCGCGGUGGCCCUUCUCAGUGCCAGCUUCUAUGAGUGCGCAGCAAGCAGGAACAGCUUCAUCAGAAAGCUGCCAUCCAAUGCCAGCAAAGAGUUCUGCAACGCAUCGCUGGAGAAAAUACCCUGUGACAAGGAGUUGUCCAAGAAGAUAGGUGAAUUUCACAGCCUUCAAUCUGAGUCCCAGAUGGUAGGAUGGUUGCUGAUUGCCAUCAUCAUGACUGCGGCACUCAUUUCAAAGUGUUUCAGCCGCUGUUGCUCCCCGGUUAGCUACUUUCAGAUGAAGUUCUGGAAAAUUUACUUGAAAAAGGAACGAGAGGUCUUUGAGAUCAAGGCUAAAGACCAUGCAGCCAAGCUGGCAGAAAGAAAUGUUCACUUCUUUUUUGAACCUGCUGACCUACCACCACCAUUUUGGACUCCCAACAAUGAAGACUGGCAGAAGAUUUCAUUCCCAUAUGGCUUCAAUACAGAAGAGCAGCAUUACAGCAUGAUACACAAGUACGUGAACACAAACAGAGGCAAGGCAUCCAGUGAAAGAGGUCGCAUUCACACUGUUUUAGGAUUUGUGGAUGAAGCACAUGCAAGUGAAUCAGGAUUUUGAUGAAGCAUACCCUUUGUAACACUGGCAAUAUUUUAA